CUACUUUCUUCCUAGGUGCUGUGAAGAAUUGCUACUACUAAUCCCAUUGCGCUCCGCGCAAGUGCGAACGAUGACUGUGUCCAGGGUGAAGCUCGUCCAUGCUCCCGUGUUCCACUUUACCAAUAUAGAUAGGGUCUGUCACUCUCCAAAAUGCCAGCAUUGGAACCCUGCCCGCCUGUUGUCGGACUGGUAAUUACACACUCGGGCUUUCACUACCUGGCUGGCGAUUCUGGAAAACAAGGUUCAUUCGUUGAUGGGUACCGCCGUGAAUGGAUUGAAAAUCUCUUCUCGGCAGGUAUGAUAUCCUACGAUUUUCCUGCAUCCUAUGCCUUGCGGAUAAGGCAUCUUUUUUCUCGGGCUUUCUUGGUUUUCCGUCGCGUCUACUGCCCAGCCCUUGUUUCACCAGAAUCCUUGGGAACCCAUAAACAACGAACUGCGGAUGUACUUCACAAUUCACCCCCAGAACAACACUGACAAGAAAGAAAAUCCCGCCCCUUCAUCGCAUAUACCACACUCCAUCAACCAACUUUCACCAUCUACAACGUCUACUACAUCCGCAAAACUGCACCGUCAGGUACGUACUUACCAGGACCGACCAAUGGCGUCUCUUGACCACCAACACCACGAGCAUGUCCGUCCAGCGUCCGCCGAAAACAACACCCCCUUCAUGUCCGCCGCCAAAACGCAAACGCAAACACAAACACAAACCGGAACCGGAACCAAAAACCCGAACCACAAACCAAAACGUAAAUGUAAAUGUAGACACAGAUCCCAACCGUUCAAAUCCUCACAUUCGACAUCAGCAACCCCACAUCCUCACACUCCUCCCCAUCUACCGCCUACGCGACUGGCAACUAUCUCCAUGCGAGGAUCUACAUGGGUGCGUGUAAGAGUCCGGGGGUUUGGACGUGCCAUUUACACUUCUCGCGACCGGGUGGGAAGGGAGGAAGGGAGUACAGGGGUGGGAGGUGUGAACAGGAGGGCAGUAUGAGGGUGGAGAGUGAGUGCCGGCAAGGCGGGAGGAGAGGGUAAAUGGACCAGCCUGGGUAUAUAA